AUGCGCACCUCCCUUAUCCUCGCCGCUGCCCUGACUGCUCUCGGCGUCCAGGCCGACUCCUCCAGCACAAUAAUCGGCUUCUUCGCGCCCAACUGGGAUGUUACAGUCCCUGCAUACGGCGGCUACACCAGCACUGCCGCCAGUCUCGCAGCUGUCAACGCCGAAGCCGCAACCUACCACGUCGGCUGCGUCAACGAUGCGCCCAAGACUGACUGCGACUACCCCAGUUCCUGGACCAUCGUCCAGGGACCUGCCACCGUCAGCGUAACAGCCGUCUAUAUCGCAUCCACAUCCGGAAAAGUGACCAGCUACGAUUUGACUGUUACCGAGUCGUACGAAUGCAGUCUCAAAUCGUCCACGCAGUCGGCCAGUUGCACAAUGAGUGUAAGCAUAUCGGGGUCCAUAGAAGGAUCGAAAUGGUCUUCUUCGACUUCGACGAGUGCGACGUAUGCGACUGCGCCGAUCUCGGAUUCGUAUGAUCAGUUGACUGUGACGGCGGGACUGAGUUCGUUAACGGCCCCCGAGGCGACGAAGACGGGUGGUGCGGUUGCUGCGACGGGUGUUGUGGGCUCAAUGAUUACGGCUGCGCCGGUAGUUGCUGCUGCGGUUGCUGCUUUGCUGUGA